UCAAGGGCCAAGUAGACAUUUCCGUCAGACUCACUCUAUCCGUUUAUCAAAAUCCAUUGUCAAGGAGGCGUAGGAAAAACCUCAAAAGCAAACACAUAAAAACCUCAAACCAAAAACCCACAGAAAAUCCAAAACAAAAUGCAAAGAACCAUGGCAGCUGCAAGCUCUUCAAGAACUCUACUAAACCUCUCUCUGUCUUCUUCGACCAAACUCUAUCAUACCUUUCUAAAACUCCCCAAAAAACCCACUAGGGUUUUACUAGGGUUUAACUUUAGACCCUUGUGUACUUUGUCAUCAACAACAGCAGCAACUGAACCGGAUGAAAUAAAACACUCAAUCCUACUAGAGAGACUGAGACUUAGACACCUUAAAGACUCUAAAAAACCCCAACUAACCGACACUCAAACACAAACCGCACUAAAACCAGUUGUUCUUAUCGAGGGUGAAGAAGAAGAAGAUGGGUUUAAGAAGUCUAAGAAAGGGAAAAAGAUUGCGGGUAGUUUUGAGGAGUUGGGAUUGAGUGAGGAGGUUAUGGGGGCUGUUAAAGAGAUGGGGAUUGAGGUUCCUACUGAGAUUCAAUGUAUUGGUAUUCCUGCUAUUUUGGAUAGUAGAACUGUUGUCUUGGGUUCCCAUACUGGGUCUGGAAAGACUCUGGCUUACAUGUUGCCUCUUGUUCAGUUGCUGAGACGGGAUGAGGCCUUGUUGGGUAGGCUAAUGAAGCCGAGGCGUCCACGAGCUGUUGUUCUAUGUCCCACAAGAGAACUAUCUGAGCAGGUUUUUCGAGUGGCAAAAUCUAUUGGUCAUCAUGCACGUUUCAGGUCUACUAUGGUCAGUGGGGGUGGCCGGAUGAGACCCCAGGAGGAUUCAUUGAAUAAUCCAAUUGACAUGGUAGUGGGAACCCCUGGUAGGGUUCUUCAACAUAUUCAGGAUGGGAACAUGGUUUAUGGUGACAUAAAAUACUUGGUGUUGGAUGAGGCAGACACCAUGUUUGAUCGUGGCUUUGGUCCUGACAUUCACAAGUUUUUAGGCCCAUUGAAAAAUCGCACAUCAAAAUCUGAUGGUCAAGGGUUUCAAACUAUUUUAGUCACUGCAACAAUGACAAAGGCAGUUCAAAAGCUGAUUGAUGAGGAGUUUCAAGGAAUAGAGCAUCUGCGCACGUCAACACUCCAUAAAAAGAUAGCAUCUGCUCGUCAUGAUUUCAUAAAGCUUUCAGGUUCUGAAAACAAGCUGGAAGCAUUGUUGCAGGUUCUUGAGCCAAGUUUAGCGAAAGGAAAUAGAGUGAUGGUGUUCUGUAACACUUUGAAUUCCAGCCGUGCUGCAGAUCACUUUCUUGCUGAAAAUCAGAUCUCCACUGUCAAUUACCAUGGAGAGGUGCCAGCAGAACAGAGGGUUGAGAAUCUGAAUAAGUUUAAGAGCGAUGAUGGAGAUUGCCCCACAUUGGUCUGCACAGACUUGGCUGCUAGAGGACUUGAUUUAGAUGUGGACCAUGUCAUCAUGUUUGAUUUCCCCUUGAACUCUAUUGAUUACCUACAUCGCACAGGAAGAACUGCUCGAAUGGGUGCAAAAGGGAAAGUGACAAGCUUGGUGGCUAGAAAGGAUCAACAGUUAGCUGCUCGGAUUGAAGAGGCAAUGAGGAAGAAUGAGAGCUUGGAAUCCCUCACAGUAGAUAAUGUUAGAAGAGACAUUGCUAGGGCUCGAAUAACCGAACAGCAGGGGAAGAGUGCAAAAUUGAUUAAAGCAUCCAAUCAGAAGAGCAAUAAUAAGUCAGCAACUGAUAAACCCCCCAGUGCACGGACCAAGGCUACAUCUUCGGUGAUGAAAUCUGGAAAACCAUCCACUAGUGCACGGACCAAGGCAUCCACCAGUGUGCGGACCAAGGCUACAUCUUCGGUGAAGAAAUAUGGAAAAGCAUCCACUCCAGCAAAAUCUGUCAAGGCUGUUAAGGUUGCAAAAGGAGUCAAAUCCUCCAGUGCAAGCUACUCUAGAAAAACAUCUCCAGGUGUGAAGAAGCAAGUGGGGAAGCUAAGAGUUGUGGCAUUUAGGGGGCGGUCUUCUUCAUCUAACAAGAAAGAAUCAUUGAGGCCCAGUUGAUUCUUGUUAAAUAAACAUCAAUUCAUAUCAAGCGCUAGUGUUCUGGUUUGCUUUCCCUUCCGCUAGUCUAAUAUUUGUGAUGAUUAUUAUGAGGGAAUAUGUUGGCUCCCCCCCCCCCCCCCCCCAUCUUUCCAGGGAGCACUGUUCUAUUUUUGCCUUGCAGUUGUUGAACAAUGCAAUCACUGAGUACAUAAACCGUAAUUUACUUUCUUAUUUAUAGAAAACUUUCUGCGGACAUAUUAAUUGAA